AUGAUUAUUCUAAAAUAUAAUUCUUUAGGAAAAUUCAUGGAAAGCAGUAAACAGUAUUUAGAAAAUAAAUUUAGAGAGAAACUGGAAAAUAGGACACAGAUUUUAUUUGUUCCGUUAUGUCCCAGAGCAGCAUACAAGUCUCGCCGCACAGGAGAGAGAGAAGGGCCAAGGGACAUGGGAGCCACAGCCACCAUACAGUUCGAAACUGAAAAGGAUCGGGAUGCCCAAGCAAUUUUUGAAAGAUCUUUGCAAGUCAAUAAGGAAACCAAGGGUCAAGCUGAUGACAAAAUCUACAGAGGAUUGAACAACUACACACAGUUUUUUGAGAAGAAAGAUACAGCCCAGGGCAAUGCAGCAAGUGGAGGGGUCCGCAAGGGCCCAAUGAGAGCUCCUGACCAUCUCCGAGCCACUGUGAGAUGGGACUACCAGCCAGAUCUGUGCAAGGACUACAAGGAAACUGGGUUUUGUGGCUUUGGAGAUAGUUGCAAAUUUCUUCAUGACCGUACUGACUACAAACUGGGAUGGCAGCUAGAAGCUGAGGGUAAUGCGAAGGCUGGAAAUGAUUCUGAUGAGAACUGGGAGAUUCCAAGUGAUGAUGAACAUUUGCCAUUCAAGUGUUUCAUCUGCAGGGAGUCUUACACAGAUCCCAUUGUCACCAAAUGCCAGCACUACUUUUGUGAGAAGUGCGCAUUAGAACAAUUCAAGAAGACUAAGAGAUGUUAUGUGUGCGGUCAGAAUACUGGUGGGAUCUUUAACCCAGCCACGAACAUCAUGGCAAGAUUAAACAAAGAUGAUGAUAGUGGUAGUGACUGAUAUAAUUUCCUGUUUUCUAUAUUUCUUUUUUUUUUCAUAGUUAAUGUGAUAUGCUCACCCAGAUAAUUCUAGAGAUCUUUGCAGCAGUGAAGUUAAUAAGAAAGUAGUACAAACUAAUCCCAAAUGUCAUUCAUACA